AUGAAGACCUUCACGGCGCUGGCAGUGCUUGCCGUCGUCGGAGCUGCAAACGCUGAAGACGACCCCAACUUCACCCCGCGCAAGACAGUCGUGCAGACCAACUGGGACCACCAUGCGACGAGCACAGCCGCCGACGGCAGCGUCUUGGAAACCAGUGGGCCUGUCAUCGUGAAGAAGAUCAUCAUGGGCCGUACGCACCCCGAGCACGACUCCGAGGUCACCCACACCGAGUACAUCACGUACACGGAUGAUUCCUGGAGGGGUCACAUCGAGCCUCCGGCGACGACCUCGACCGGACACGUGGACCACACCAUCGGGUACUGGCCAAUGAGUGCACAGGCGCAUGUCAAGAGGCAGGCAACGAGCAACACCCAGGCCGCUGCUGGAAGCUCUUCCUCCUCUGACGCAGCUUCCUCGUCCGUGUCCGUGACCACCGUCUCUUCCGUGUCCACGUUCUUGUCCACCGUGUCCUCCCAAGCCGCGGCUGCCUCCCGGGCGGAGUCUUCUCUCGCCGCUGCUUCGUCAAGAGAAGCUGCUGCCUCUUCCAACGCAGCGGCAUCGCAGGCCGCUAGUUCCGCGCCCAACAACGAUGGCAGCACAACCUUAUCGUCGGGAGCAGCUGCUACUUCUUCGCAGCCCGCGAACGGUGGUUCCUCCACCCAGGCGGCAUCUUCCUCCACCGAUGGUGCCACUUCGUCUACCGCCGCAUCGUCUUCGGAGAGCGUCACCUCUUCAGCUUCGGCCACAUCAUCUUCUACGGGUGCCGGCUCGUCUGCGACAACAUCUUCCUCCGCUGAUGGUGCCAGCUCGUCUACUGCGGCGUCUUCGUCUGAGGGCGCUACCUCUUCCACAGCAAACUCAUCAUCUUCUCAUCAGGGCGUUGGCUCGUCGACGGCAGCAUCCUCGUCUGAGGUAGCUUCCUCUUCGACGCCCGCUGCCUCUUCAUCUGAAGCUGUCUCUUCCUCCUCUGAGGUGUCUUCCAGCUCUUCUCAGGCGGUGCCUUCGUCUGGGGCUACAUCUUCAUCUCAAGGAGCCUCAUCCUCUCAAUCUGCUGCGUCUUCCUCUGUGGCAGCAUCUUCCUCGCAGGCGGCCUCUCCCAGCUCCUCUCAGGCGGCAUCUUCCUCUUCCUCGCUGGCGGCGUCUUCCUCUAUGCCAGUAACGUCAGGCCCGCCUGUCUCUUCUGCCACGGCCUCGUCAUCCGCAUCCGGCCCAUUGUCUUCUGGUCCGGUGUCAUUCACAUCGGUACCGGCCCAGUCAUCCUCUGAGCAAGGUUCAUCCUCUGCGCCAGGUCAGUCCUCGUCUGAAGUGGCGUCUUCCUCGAUCAUGGCAUCCUCGUCGGGAGCAGAGUCAUCAUCCUCUAGCGCAGCUGUCUCUUCCUCGGAGGCUGCCUCAUCAUCGUCCGCGCUGGCCAGCAGCUCGCUCUUCCCAAGCAGCGGGUUCUACACUUCCAGCAUAGUUUUGAGCACCGGCGUCACGCCAUCCUCCUCCAUGGUCAUGAGCACUGGUGUCCCGGUUCCGGUCAACAGCUCCAGCCUUGCACCAUCGAGCAGCUUUUAUUUCUCCAGCGUGGGCACCGGCAUGAGCGCUUCGGGCUACAUGCCUUCGAGCAGCAACUACUUUUCGAGUGUCGAAACUGGCUUCGCGCCGUCCAGCAGCUUUUACUAUUCUAUCCCACUCGGAACAGCGCAGAGCUCAUCUUCAGCUCCUUUCGCGACAGGCCCCAUCUCCGCGAGCAGUUCUUCGAUGCCACUUGGUACCGGCUCCAUGCCUGGCCAGAGUUCAUCCUCUGCACCUUUCGCCGCUGGAUCUAUGCCCGGCAGGAACUCCUCUUCCGCUCCUUACGCUACAGGCUCCUCUGCUGGUCCUAAGUCCUCUUCAGCUCCCUACGCCACGGGCAUGUCGUCCUCUUCAAUUCCAUAUGGAACUGGCAUCGUCUCGUCCUCCUCUCUUCCGUUCGGAACUGGCUCGUUCCCGCCAUACGUGUCUUCAUCCUCGAUGAUGUACAGCAGCGAUGCUGGCCCGAUCUACGGAUCGUCUUCCCGCCCGAUUGCAACAGGCAUGUCGUCUUACUCUUCGUACUCCAUCCCUUACGCCACGGGCUCGAUGAUUGCGUCCUCCUCUCUCCCGUACGGAACUGGCUCCGCUCCGCCAUACGUGUCUUCAUCCUCCGUGAUGUAUAGCAGCGAUGCCGGCCCAGUCCAAGGAUCAUCUUCUCUCCCAUAUGCAACGGGCAUGUCUUCGUCGUACUGGUCAUACUGGUACCCGUCAAGCUCCAUCCCUUACGCCACUGGCUCGAUGAGUGCGUCUUCUUCGCUUCCAUAUGGAACUGGCUCGGCUCCGUCAUACGUCUCUUCAUCAUCCGUGAUGUACAGCAGCGACGCCGGUCCAAUCCAAGGUUCGUCUUCCAUGGUGUGGAGUGCCAGUUACAUGCCAUCUUCGUCCAUGGUGUACGGAACUGGCUCAACUGGCCCGAAGCCUUCAUCUUCUGCACCAUAUGCCACCGGAGUGUCAUCUUCAAGCCUGCCAGCCUCUUCCUCUUGGAUAUAUGAACCAUCCUCGAUCUGGUCUUACUCUCAAUCCUCGGCAGAGGGAUACACGUCUUCUAUGAUCUGGCCGAUCCCGUCCAGCUCAUAUUCGAUGUCCUGGUCGUAUUCGUAUGGUCCGUGGUCGUCCUCGGUCUCAUGGGCGAUGCCGACUGGCUAUUCCAGCUACUCCGAAUAUCCUGGAUCCAGCGAAUCUUACUCAUAUUACCCAAUGCCUACCGGUGGAUACUCUUCGUACUCUACACCAUGUCCUGAAUCCAGCGAGUCUUACUCCUACUACCCGAUUCCUACCGGAGGAUACUCUUCGCAGUCUGCAUCUAGCUAUGGACCGUAUCCUGGGUCCAGCGAGUCUUAUUCGCACUACCCAAUGCCCACCGGCGGAUACUCUUCGCAAUCCGCAUCCAGCUAUGGACCGUCUCCUGGCUCCAGCAGCUCCUACUCGCAUUACCCAAUGCCCACUGGAGGCUAUUCCUCGCACCCAUGGAACCCUCACCCGUACCCUCAUCCCACGGGAGCGUCACCGGAGCCCACGCCUUGCACUUCUCCCAUCUGGAGGUCGACACCACUUGUUUGGCGCCCAACUGACUACCCUCACCCGUCGCCGCCAUCUUCGUGCAUGACCGAGUCUCACACUUCGACCAUCACCAUCACCGUGGUUCCUUGCGAGACUUAUCACCCAACUUGCACGCAGACCGAGCCAACUUACAGCACUUCCACGUGGUGCGAGUCCACCACUCACACCAUCACCGCAAGCAAGAGCUCUUUCUGCUCCGAGUCGUACAUCACCAAGACUUAUCGGGCCAAGACAGUCGUGACUGACUACGAGUGCGACGAGUGCCGUGCCACGCCAUCGAUCUACACCACCCCGACAUCGACCUGUGAUACGUACACGAUGCCACCAUCGUACACUUGGGAGUGGCCCGCGCCACCCAUUCCCACCACUUACGAAGAGCACACGACUGCGCCAUCGGUGCCUACAACCUACGGGGAGCAUACGACUGAAUAUGCACCACCAGCGACUACCACCUACGGAGAGCAUACGACUGAAUAUGCACCACCAGUGCCGACCACUUACGAGGAGCACACGACUGAGUGGGCGCCACCGGAGUACACCACCUCCACGUGCUAUGCCUACUCGACGACUGUCUACCAGAGCACUACCAGCGCAUACUCCAUCCCCGUCUCGACGACUGUCUGCCCGGCCACUAUCACGCGUCCUCCGGUUGUUCCGACUUACGUGCCAAUGAGCCCUCUGCCGCCUUAUAACAAUGCCACCAAGCCGAUUGCGCCGCCGCCGGGUACUUAUCCUCAUCAAUCGCAGACCAAGCCAAUUGCACCCUCACCAGGCUCCUACCCGCCGCAGUCGCAGACCACGCCAAUUGCACCCCCGCCAGGUUCUUACCCUCCGCAGUCGCAGGACUAUACCAUGACGACGACUUACGCUUCGCCUACUUCGUAUAUCUACGAGUCCCACACUGUGUACUACACCGAGCCCAUCCCCGAAGUGGUUCCGCCGAUGAGUGGUCAGCCGCCAGCCGGAAGUGCCCCCCCGGCAUACUCGAGCCCACCCAAGGAGAGCGGGGACACUGCCUACCCGAGCCAGCCUGGCAAGAGCGCACCGCCAGGUUCAGGUCAGCCACCAGUUCAAAGCGCACCUCCAGCUGUCCCAGGCCAGCCUCCAGCUCAGAGUGCUCCACCAGUCCCAGGCCAGCCGCCCGUUCAGAGCGCACCACCGGCUGUUCCAGGUCAGCCGCCCGUUCAAAGCGCACCUCCAGCUGCUCCAAGCCAGCAAUACGGCCAGCCAUCCUCGCCGGCGGCGCCUGCGCCCCCAGCUGGAAGUGAGUUGCCUCUCUUCACCGUAGAAACGACUCAUGUGCUAACAAACGCAGGCUCUCCAGUCAAUUCGCAGCCAGCAUCGCCGCCGGUCCCUGGCGCCUCCCCGCCAGCAGGAACAGUUGUGCCGCCAGUCUCAUCGGGCGCUGUCAGCAACGUGUCUCGCUUCUCCACUCUCGUGCUUUCCGCGCUUGUGGCAUUCUUCCUCUUGUAA